UGUUUUUAGUUUGAUGUGAUUUGUGAUGAUGUUUGUUUGAUUUUGAUUUAAAAUUUAAACAUCUGUUGAAGUCCUAUUCGUAACGAUACCGUUAAAAAAAUAAAAAAUGUUGCCAAGAAGAAGUUUACGGAAUAAAAUAUCCGAAGGUAAUGCUACUAACGCGAGUAGUAAUUCAGUACAAAUUGAGGAACAUACAGAAUCGAAACUGUCAGCAAAUAAAGGCAAUUCGAAAAGAAAAAUAGAGGUCGAGAACAAAAGGAUUUCUAAAGAUUCGAAAAAACAAAAACUAGCCGAUCAGAAAUCUCAGAAAGCAAAAAAUGGAGCCGAAGGAAGCUUGAAGGAUGAUUGUUCUCAAGAUGAUGGGGAACUCCUGGACGAAAAAUGGCGGAAUGCUAAGAGUAUCUAUGAGUUUUCUGCAAGAGACAUAUAUGGUAAAGAAGUCUCUAUGGAUACUUUCAAAGGCCAUGUAUGUAUUUUAGUCAAUGUUGCUUCCAAAUGUGGACACACAAAAAGUAAUUAUGAACAGUUUGUUGAACUAUACAAUAAAUAUUCAGAAGACAAAGGAUUGAGGAUACUUGCAUUCCCAUGCAACCAAUUUGGAAAGCAAGAACCUGGCGAUAGCAAUAAGAUUCAAGAGUUCAUGAAAAAGAGAAAUGUUGAGUUCAAUAUCUUUGAAAAAAUUGAAGUUAAUGGAAAGAAUGCUCACCCUAUGUGGAAGUUCAUGAAGAGUAAAAUAGCUGGACCUAAGGGGGACAAAAUCGAUUGGAAUUUCACCAAGUUCAUUGUAGAUAAAGAAGGAAAUGUUGUGGAGAGACAUAAGUCUAGUGUGAAACCUCUACAAAUGAUAGACAUACUACAAAAGUAUUGGUAGAGGGUCUAGUUGAAAAUAUGUUCUCACUUUUAUUAUGUAUCCAAGUAUUAUUGUAAAUGAAUGUGGUGGUAAUAGUGUUAGGAGAAAGUUGGCAAAUGAAAGUUUGUAGGCGAAAUCUUAAUUGAAAUUCCAUAAUUAUUCAGAAUUCAUUUUUUCACACUGGUCUACCUCUGAUAUAUCUAGUUUGUGGUAGUAUUAGGUAGGUACCUACCUUGUUUCAGUGGUUUCACAUGUAGGUAGAUAUUUUCUAUUUUCUUCAUUUUGUUGGAUAUGAUUAAUUAAUAUAGUUAGUAGGUAUAGGUAAUUAGGGUAGAAUUGAUCACUUGAAUGAUUAAAUUAACCCAAUGAAGUUUUUUAUCUACAUUUUGCUUGUUUUGAAGAAUUGGACUAAUAAAUCUAUUUUGGAUACAUAUCACA